GAGAAGGAAGAAUGUAUGAAAAGUAUUUUCUUCAGCAGGGGGAAAACGACAAGGCACUCAUCAGGCAAAGCUGGAGGUCAGAUCUGCCUGGCGUGGUGGGCGGAGGGCGAGGCGUUGGUCUAGAAGGUGGGAUGUUUAAAAACCUCCUGGUGCUCCGCCUUGGCUCACACCUUCGUCCCCAACUUAUCUACUUGCUCUCUAGCAGCAGCUGGGAAGGCAAAAGCAGCACAUCCACACGCGCUCCGUCAACGUCAUGAAGCCCUCGCUGCUCCGGUGUCUGGUGUUUCUCUGCGUGCUGUUGCUGCCGCCUGCCCUGGGAGGGACAAAGAACAAGUAUUCUCCGGGAGAACUGUUACUCGAGGAGUGCUGGGGACAGCCAAAAGCUAACGACUGUACCAAGAAGUGUUCUAGAACUUUCAAAUGUGUAUACAGAAAUCACACAUGCUGCUGGACCUACUGUGGUAACAUCUGUGCAGAAAAUGCGAAAUUUUUUGAAAGAAAGAAAUGACCCUGACUUCUCGACAGCCUGGCCUCAUGUGAGCUAGUGGCUUCAGAGCAGGGCUGUGUGGUUACCUUUAGAAAUGCUGUGUUGAUUGGGGACUAAAAUGGCAAACAUAUUUGAAAAACAAACCACUUAUGAACA